AUGCAGGCGGCGGGCCUCGAGGUGCUCGCGUGCGCCUCCUCCCCGCCGGUGCCGGAGGCGGACUACUUGCCGCGCGCCACGCUGUCGCGGCAGCUCUCCGAGAGCUACCAGGUCGAGGUCGUGGACUUCCUCGGCCUGCGCUCCGAGCGGUGCCUGACGGGUGCCAACUGGUUUCUGGUGGUCCAGAAGGGCCUGGUCGCCCCGUGGUGCUUCCGGAGGGACGUGAUGGGCGCGUUCCGUGGCGUGCGGAAUUGGUGGACCAGGCUCGACCCCGAGCACAAUUUCGUGGUUCCCGAGGAGGGCACCUUCCUUGCGCUGUUCCGGAAUGGUGCCCAGGGCAUGUUGCCUUGGGAUUCGGAUUUCGAUGUGAAGAUAUACACCGAGCGAGACAUCACCAUAGGAGAGUUCAUGAAUCUCACCAAGAGGCCUGAUUUUGCGAGGCUAGAACUCGAGGCAUACGCGUACGACGGUUGCGGGCAGGACAGCUACGUGCUCUUGCGCCGUCCAAACAUCACGCACCACAUCGGCGACGCGUAUGUGGGUGGCAGACAGGGGACCCAAAGGGCCAUCGAGAUCCUAGGCUCAUUCGUUCAGAGCUACCCUGGUCAGGACCCCAGCCCUUUGGGCCCCGGGGUGCCCAAGCCCGAGCAGGCCCGCUCAGAGCACCCCUGGAGAGCGCUGCUGUUCGGCGUGGAGGUGCAGCUGAGUCCGGAGCACAUCGAUCACAUAUUUUUCAACAGGUACAGAACGCCAGUGCAAAAGCUCUUCGGCGACGGCCAUCCUCUGCAGUGCUUCUCCCCCGGCCACAACGCCUGCCUGCUCGAUUGCCGCGACGAGGCGGCGGAUUGCGAGUUCGAGGACCUCUUUGUCCACGUGGACUGCUUCGGGGACGCCACGGAUGUUGGCGAGCAGGCCAUCCCAGCUGGACCGCGCGCAGCCCGCGCCGGCCGAGCGCAGCCCAUGCAGUCGUUUUACGAUUCCCAGAACAGCACCAUGCGCGACGUCGGCAACCAGUGGCAGUGGCAUGAGGCGCACCGGGACGAGAAGAAGAACAUGUACCGCACAUCGUACUCGGACAUGUCCCAGGGCCGGGAGGUGGCCGUGAAGAGCGACUACCCGUCCGGCUACGGAGGCCACGUCCCCAGCUUGCGGUUCGACGUCCUCCACAGGAACACGGGUUUCGACAGGACCAACACGAUCCGCAAGAACGACUUCGGUCGAGACACCCUGCCAGACUUCUCGGAGCAGCUGAGCGGGAUCCCCUCGUACACGGCCUUCCCGCAAGGCGCGAACUCGAAGCCCACGGCGGGUGUCGUGCCGCACGACGGGACCACCACCAUGCUGAAGCCACCCUGGGCCGUCGUGGGCGCGGACGGCAAGCGGAAGUUGAACCAGCGCAGCGUCCCGCCAACGAUGUUGAGGGGCUCCAUGUCCUCGCCGUCCCUGAAGAACGCCGGCAUGAACCUGGCCAUGUGA